AGAGAGAGAGAGAGAGAGAGAGAGAGAGAGAGAGAGAGAGAGAGAAAAAAAAACAGUCGGGAAAUAACAAUUGAUAACCAAUCGAUUGCUGUACUAUCGUACAGCGCCAUCUAGAGACAGGGUGACACAGCUGACUGGUGACAGUUGUUGGGCAGGGAGUGAGUGCAAUUUAGAGACCUGUGAGCCUUAGUAGGCUUAGACGAGCGUAUGUCUCGCAAGCUUAUCAUUGGAUUGUUUGUUUAUAGUGGAACAAAAAACACAUUUUUUCUAAAUUGAUUCGAAAACGCCCAAAAAGUUCGUCGCUUAGUGUAUUAUGGAAACAAUUUCUACACUAUUGAAAUGUUCACUUCCAAGACAAGAUUCAAAAUGGCGACAAUUCUUGAAGUAAUAACGUAUCUCAGCUGGGUUCUGUUAUUGGUUGCAUCGUCCCAAGAAACCCGUCUCCCUCUCGAUACCACAAUCAAUAGAGCUUUAACUCGAACACAUUGCGCACGAAACAAAGAGAUCACUCCCUACCGUAAGUCCCCAGUCCCAGCCCCAACCCAAUGGAGUGUAAAGCCCGAAGAAAGCGUCUCCAGCAAACGGACCCAAUUACCGGCAAACGAACAGCGAACCGGCAGCAAAUUGAUAGAGUGCUACUUUGAAGGCUCUUCGGUGCAAUCAUUUAACCGCAAACAGGUCGACAUGCAAUCUGCCGAAGGCAGCUCACCACUUCAGCAAGGUGCCACCGUGGUACCAAACAACGCGGAACAAGGCGGCGGCUGUGCGGUAAGAAGCGGAUGGCAUGACGACGAUGGUGGUGGAAGAAAGUUUCCUGGAAUUAAUGCAGCGACCCGACUCUGCCCCUCCGGUUGGAUGAAUUGUAGUGGUCGAGCAGUGUUCGAGUCGAUUUGUGGCCAGGCUGAACGACGAACUGAGCAGCCGGUAAACGGUGCACAAGGACACGGUGCUAAAGGGCUUUGCCAAAGUGCAUUCGGCUGGAUUGGUGGUGAUUUCACAGAUGGAGGAAAGCUUGCCGCACCUGCGGGGUACGCUGGCUUGAAAAGGCUUCAGCAUCAAUUCACCACCGAGAAGAGAACACUCGCCCAGGAAGCAUUGGAUUCGGCACGAAAGAAUUGGUAA